AUGGAAAUCCUGACACUGAACGGCAAUAAUCUGAGCACACUGGGCCAACUUGCGCCUAUGCCCAGUCUGCGAGUUCUGAGGCUUGCUGAAAAUCCAUGGCUUUGUGACUGCCGUUUACGGUGGAUGAAAAAGCUUGUUUCUGGACCACGUCCACUUGCACAAAAUACGCGAUGCCAUCGGCCAGCACAUUUUCAUAUGCGCACCCUGGAGAACGUCGAUGUAGCGGUAUUGUAUACUUUUAAUACUUAUUCAAAACAAAAAUAA